AUGGUGGUGACGCUGCUGAAAGCGAUUGCGACGUGUGCGUCUCAUGAUGGGCUGUCGCUGUGCGAUGCUCGCGAGUACCACCGUUGCAAAUCCGCAUUCGUUUCCGCCAAUCCUUCGUAUUCGGACUCGGCGCUGUCUGCGCUGCGCAAGCGCGAGUUCGCGCGGCUCGACGCGACGUCUUCGGUGUACCUCGACUACACGGGUGCCGCACUGUAUCCUGCGUCGCUUGUGCGGGAGCAUGGGCGGUGGCUGACGAGCUCGGUUGCGGGCAACCCGCACUCGACGUCUCCUGCGAGCCUGCACUCUUCCGCCGCCGCCGACGAGGCGCGCGCUGCGCUGCUGGCGUUCUUCGAUGCGGAUCCGGCGGAGUACGAUGUGGUGUGGACGAGCAAUGCCACUGCUGGCUUCCGCAUCGUUGGCGAAACUUACGACUUUGCGAACAAGACCAUGCUCAUUCCACGCGAUGCGCACAACUCGCUCAACUCGCUCGCGCGCAAAGCGCAGCAGGGCGGUGGACGCUUCGAGUUUAUCGAAUUCGACUCUCCAUCUGGCGAAGCCAUCUCUGCCCCGGCCUAUCGCCGUGCACUUGACACUGCCUCGCCAUCGUUCGAGAAGGGCAGGGGACUGGUGUUCUUGACGGGCCAGAGCAACAUCACGGGCGCCAAACUUGACCUUUCGCUCGUGCAGUACGCCAAGCAGCGUGGAUGGGACGUCGGACUGGACGCGGCGGCACUCGCCCCCUCGACGCGCAUCUCUCUGCGCCAGCUCCCCGUCGACUUUAUGGUCGUCUCGCUGUACAAGAUCGUCGGAUGGCCCACGGGGCUUGGAGCGCUCAUCCUGCGCAAGUCGCAGUACGCCAACCUCACGCAGAAGUCGACCUUCUUUGGCGGCAAUAUCGUCGGCAUCACCAUGGACACCUUCGACUUUACACUCGUCGACGGGCCCGAGCGCUUCGAAGACGGUACGGCCAACUUCGCUGCCAUGGCGGCGGUGCGGCCGGGGCUGGAGUUCGCUGCGCGCUGGAUGCCGCACUACACUUUGCGAAACCGCAUCCUGAUGGCGUGGCUGAUCGAGCAGCUGGAGGCGAUCCAUCAUCCGGCGCGUUGCUCUGAAAAGACCGACUCUCCGCGCUCCUCGUCGACUUUUUCGCACAAGCAUUCGGCCAUGGGUGGGGCGAGGUUGGUUCGUACCGGUGGGCCUCAAGACCUCGACGCGCGUGGAUCGACGUUGCCGCUGGUUCUAACAAGCGCCGAGGGGGAUGCGCUCAACUAUCGAUUCGUCAUCUGGGCGGCGGCACGCCAGCGCAUCAGUUUGCGCGGUGGACCGUGCAUGUGCAAUCCCGGCGCCAGCAGCGCCGUAAUGCAGCGCGGAACCAUCACCGACUUGGCUGCAUCCACGCUUCUCGCCGAAGCCGACGUGGGCAUUGUGCGCAUCAGCCUCGGUGCGCCCACCAACUUUAUGGAUGUUUGGAGACUCGUGCGAUUCUGCCGAAUGCUCACCGACCCGCAGUGGGUGAGCGCACAAUGGCGCGCGUACGAGAGACUGCAUCCCGCUGCGAGGCUCAGCAACAACAUCGACCAUCUCCACGCCCUCGCCACGCGCAAAUCUCUCUAA